GAUAUGGUGUAAGAUAUUUCUUCAAGAUUGGACAGCUGGGACCUGUUAUUUUUGACUAGCCUUAAGCUGAUAAUAGCCAUAGAGAAACCUCACGGAAUUCCAUUUUGUUUUUCUGCUUUACACCUUUCCUGGCACCUAAGUUCACCUUGCAACCAUGUAUGGAAGUGCUCGAUCAGUUGGGAAGGUGGAACCAAGCAACCAGAGCCCUGGGCGUUCACCUAGGCUUCCACGUUCCCCUCGCUUGGGUCAUCGCCGAACCAAUAGUACAGGAGGGAGUUCUGGAAGCAGUGUUGGAGGAGGCAGUGGGAAAACCCUUUCAAUGGAGAAUAUUCAAUCCUUAAAUGCUGCCUAUGCUACAUCUGGCCCUAUGUACCUAAGUGAUCAUGAAAAUGUGGGUUCAGAAACACCUAAAAGCACCAUGACACUUGGCCGUUCUGGGGGACGUCUGCCUUAUGGUGUUAGGAUGACAGCUAUGGGCAGUAGCCCCAAUAUAGCUAGCAGUGGGGUUGCUAGUGACACUAUAGCAUUUGGAGAGCAUCACCUCCCUCCUGUGAGUAUGGCAUCCACUGUACCUCACUCUCUUCGUCAGGCAAGAGAUAACACAAUCAUGGAUCUGCAGACACAGCUGAAGGAAGUAUUAAGGGAAAAUGAUCUCUUGAGGAAAGAUGUGGAAGUUAAGGAGAGCAAAUUGAGCUCUUCAAUGAAUAGCAUCAAGACCUUCUGGAGCCCAGAGCUGAAGAAAGAACGAGCACUGAGAAAAGAUGAAGCUUCCAAAAUCACCAUUUGGAAGGAACAGUAUAGAGUUGUGCAGGAGGAAAACCAGCACAUGCAGAUGACAAUCCAAGCUCUUCAGGAUGAGUUGCGGAUCCAGAGGGAUCUGAAUCAGCUGUUUCAGCAAGACAGUAGCAGCAGGACUGGUGAACCUUGUGUGACAGAGCUGACGGAAGAGAACUUCCAGAGGCUACAUGCUGAGCAUGAGCGGCAGGCCAAGGAGCUGUUUCUUCUUCGAAAGACUCUGGAGGAAAUGGAGCUGCGUAUUGAAACUCAGAAGCAAACCCUAAAUGCUCGGGAUGAAUCCAUCAAGAAGCUUCUGGAGAUGUUGCAGAGCAAAGGGCUUUCUGCCAAGGCAACUGAAGAAGACCAUGAGAGAACAAGACGACUGGCAGAGGCAGAGAUGCAUGUCCACCACCUAGAAAGCCUAUUGGAGCAGAAGGAAAAAGAGAACAAUAUGUUGAGGGAGGAGAUGCAUCGGAGAUUUGAAAAUGCACCUGAUUCUGCCAAAACUAAAGCUCUGCAAACAGUUAUUGAAAUGAAGGAUUCAAAAAUUUCUUCUAUGGAACGUGGGCUCCGAGACUUGGAAGAGGAAAUUCAGAUGCUAAAAUCUAAUGGGGCUUUGAGCACUGAAGAACGGGAGGAAGAAAUGAAGCAAAUGGAGGUGUAUCGGAGCCAUUCUAAAUUUAUGAAAAAUAAGGUAGAGCAACUGAAGGAGGAACUAAGUUCGAAAGAGGCUCAAGGGGAGGAGCUGAAAAAGAGAGCGGCUGGUCUUCAGGCUGAGAUUGGUCAGGUGAAGCAGGAGCUGUCCAGAAAGGACACAGAACUACUAGCCCUACAGACAAAGCUAGAAACACUCACGAACCAGUUCUCAGACAGUAAACAACAUAUUGAAGUGCUGAAGGAGUCCCUGACUGCUAAGGAGCAAAGGGCUGCCAUCCUACAGACUGAGGUGGAUGCUCUUCGAUUGCGUUUGGAAGAGAAGGAAACCAUGCUGAAUAAGAAGACAAAACAAAUUCAGGAGAUGGCUGAGGAGAAGGGCACACAAGCAGGAGAGAUACAUGACCUCAAGGACAUGCUGGAUGUGAAGGAGCGGAAGGUUAAUGUUCUUCAGAAGAAGAUUGAAAAUCUUCAAGAGCAGCUUAGAGAUAAAGAAAAGCAGAUGAGCAGCUUGAAAGAACGAGUCAAGUCAUUACAGGCUGACACCACCAACACUGACACCGCCUUGACAACUUUGGAGGAGGCCCUUGCAGAAAAAGAGCGGACAAUUGAACGCUUAAAGGAGCAGCGGGACAGAGAUGAACGAGAAAAGCAAGAGGAAAUUGAUAACUACAAAAAAGAUCUUAAAGACUUGAAAGAAAAAGUCAGCUUAUUGCAAGGCGACCUCUCAGAGAAAGAGGCUUCACUCUUGGAUCUGAAGGAACAUGCUUCUUCCCUGGCUUCUUCAGGACUGAAAAAGGACUCACGGUUGAAGACACUAGAGAUUGCGUUGGAGCAGAAGAAGGAGGAGUGUUUGAAAAUAGAGUCACAGUUGAAAAAGGCACAUGAGGCAACACUUGAAGCUAGAGCCAGUCCAGAGAUGACUGACCGAAUACAGCAGUUGGAGAGAGAGAUUACCAGGUACAAAGAUGAAUCCAGCAAGGCGCAGGCAGAAGUUGACCGUCUCUUGGAAAUCUUGAAGGAGGUGGAAAAUGAGAAGAAUGAUAAAGAUAAGAAGAUAGCUGAAUUAGAAAGGCAAGUGAAAGACCAGAAUAAGAAGGUAGCAAAUCUGAAGCACAAGGAGCAGGUGGAAAAAAAGAAGAGUGCACAGAUGCUAGAGGAGGCUCGACGAAGGGAGGACAAUCUCAAUGACAGCUCCCAGCAACUGCAGGACAGUCUCCGUAAGAAGGAUGACAGGAUUGAAGAGCUGGAAGAAGCACUAAGAGAAAGUGUACAGAUAACUGCAGAGCGGGAAAUGGUGCUAGCACAAGAGGAAUCAGCCAGGACCAAUGCUGAAAAACAGGUGGAGGAGUUAUUGAUGGCCAUGGAGAAAGUAAAGCAGGAACUAGAGUCCAUGAAAGCAAAACUGUCAUCCACCCAACAAUCACUGGCAGAAAAGGAAACUCAUUUGACCAAUCUUCGGGCAGAGAGGAGAAAGCAUUUAGAGGAAGUUCUGGAGAUGAAGCAAGAAGCUCUUCUGGCUGCCAUUAGUGAAAAAGAUGCCAAUAUAGCACUUUUGGAACUUUCAUCCUCUAAGAAAAAGACCCAAGAGGAAGUGGCUGCACUAAAGCGAGAGAAGGAUCGUCUGGUGCAGCAGCUUAAGCAGCAGACACAAAAUCGAAUGAAGCUAAUGGCCGACAACUAUGAGGAUGACCACUUCAAAUCCUCCCAUUCCAGUCAAACCAAUCACAAACCCUCCCCUGACCAGAUCAUCCAGCCCCUCUUAGAACUUGACCAAAAUAGAAGCAAAUUAAAGUUGUAUAUUGGACACCUGACAGCCCUCUGUCAUGAGCGAGACCCCUUGAUCCUCCGUGGACUCACUCCACCAGCUUCCUAUAACUUGGACGAUGACCAGGCAGCUUGGGAGAAUGAGCUGCAGAAGAUGACCCAGGAACAGCUUCAGAAUGAGUUAGAAAAAGGUGAGCGGGACAAUGCAGAACUGCAGGAGUUUGCCAAUGCCAUCCUCCAGCAGAUAGCCGAUCAUUGCCCCGACAUCCUGGAGCAGGUGGUCAACGCAUUAGAAGAGUCAUCCUGACCCUGCUUAUGGGAAGCGUCUCACCCAGCAGCCUGAUAUAGUCAACCCAGGAGCCAAGAAAGGAGUAAUACAAGGAACAGGCACCCAGAAACUUUUUGGCCCCUAACAAACACUACAAACUGCAUCCUAUCUUGCUCAGUUCUUCAAGAGUGAUUCCAGCACCAUUUCUGUAGCUGUCAUCAUACUCUGCCUUUCUGCUUUGGAUGCUGUCCCUACACUAACUUUCUUGAUGACCAGGUUGGGUAAGUGGCUGAGUCUCCAUGAAUAACUCCCAUCCAGUCAUCAACAGUAGAGAACUAUGGAAGCUGGCGGCUCUGCCCUUACAGAGUGGCGUGGAAUAGAGAACCUUCUUACUUUCUGUCCUUUAACUUGAGAACUAAAUCUGGAAUUUACUUGGAGUUCAACAUAUUGAGAGAAUGCCUCUCCGUGGACCAGAGAGCUGAGUGUGCUAACAUCAAAAUAGGUGCUUUCUCCGAAAAGCAUGAAAAAAAAAAAUCUCAAAAAGAUAGAGUAUUAAAAAGAAGGAGAGCAGAGACAAAGAGAAAACCAGCUCUUCUUUUUACUGUCUCUUUUGCUUAUUUUUCAUGUGUAAUAUUUUAUGCAGGGGAGCUGCAGGCAGGCCUCAUAAUGGCUUAGCAAACACUAAUACCCCAAGUUUGGAGUCUUUACCCCAACCCUACCUGUCUCAAUGUUCCUUGUUCUUCUUACCCAGUCACCCCCUAGCCUCUUGUUGAAGACCUUUGACCCUAUUACUUAGUUGGCAAGAGAAAGUAUCUCAAAUUGAA